AUGAAAACCACGAUUGAACCUUUCAGAAGCCUAACGUCCGCCGAAAAGAGAAUUCUCGAGGACAAUUUGAAUGGUCAAAGUAAUGGGGUCAUCUUCUCGGCAGUAUAUUCUAAAGGAAUCUCUGCCGAUACUUGGAGUGACGAAGCAACUCUUUUGACUGUGAAAGAUCAAAGACUCUCAUCCAAUCGAAUUGCACACACCCUCGCGACGGUUAUCAAAAACAAUCCCGAACUCUUUACAGCAAUUAACAACAAAUUGGAAUUUGAGCCGGUCCAGAGGAUCAUGUUUGAUGAUGUGGUGCGUAAAGUUGAGUUUGAAAGCUAUAAAGAUGAGAUUUUCAACUGUCACAAUGGCAUCCCUCCUUAUCUGCUGCGGCAAAUAUUUGGCAAAAGCAACUUCUCUGUAGGUAAGCAAGAACCUCUGUGGCAGCUUUUUGUCGUAGAUGAAAUGAUGGUGAUAUUCCAUGGACACGAUGUAUUAUUUGAUGCUUUUGCCGCCGCCAAUUUCCACCAACUCUUUUUGGAGGCACUGAGAACUGCGCAGAUGUCAGAUGCUCCGGCACCACAGUGCAUUUUUAAGUUUGGAUCUUCAACGAGAAGCUUGUCAAAAUCGAUCUUUGAGAAUCCCAAGCUGCACCUGCCAGCCAUUUCGGGAGAGCUUUUCCAAUUGCAAACGCAAGCUUUCUUACGCAACAUCUAUCAGUACACCAUUAAGAAACCACUCGACUAUUUCGAAUCGAAUCACUUGAGUCCACCACGCAGCAUUGAGAAACAGCUUUCGGAAAUAUUGUGUGGUACGAAGGAGCUUUGUGGAACCGUUAUUUUCGGAAACAUACCUGGUGAACGUUUCAAGAGGUUGGAAGGUGUCAUAUCUAGCGAAAACGUGUGCUUGAAGAGUUUUGUCUGCUCAAUUGUGUUACUCUGCCUUAAACCGCUCAUAAGAAAUUUCGAAGGAUCUAUCAAUUUCGCCAUACCGUUGAAUCUUAGAGGAUCUAUCCCAUGGUCGACUCCUUUUGGAAUCUUUAACAAAGAAGUUCUUGUAGAGUGCCCUCUGUCGCUCGUUGACGAUAAAAACUUCCAAAAUCUGGAUGUAUACAACGGUUACGAUCCGUCCAGUGUUAAAGUCAACGAGAAAGAUCCCCUGUACGAGGAGACGCUUUUGGAGUAUCAAUUUAGAGACUCUGUGACCUUCAUCUCGAAUAGUCUCAAACAGAGGUGGAAAGCUUGGGAAAGGUGUGAAUUCAACGACGACGAUAUUAAGCGAAUGAAGUUUUCAAAGCCUGGUGCGACUAAGGCUUCGAGAACUAAAACGAUAGAGAUCAACGAUUUGAGUUCCACAAUUUUUCCAAUGGCACCAGAGGGUCAAUUUAGCAUACGAGAAGCUUGCAUUACGCGAAGUCAUAAACAAAGCUCAUUCAUGUCAAUUUCAUUUUGUUAUGCGGAGGAUUGCGGGCUAAGUAUAAGUAUUCACUAUCCGGAAGGUUACAAAAUGGACUCUUUCGUAGAAUGUUUUCAGUCAUUCAUGGAGGAAUUGUCUAGAAUUUGA